AUGCCUUCUCCGUGGCCCGCUCUGUCCGACGAUGAGAGCGACACUAGCUCACGUCUGCCCGAGACCUUCUCGAACAACGCUUCCGACUCUGAUUCCUCCACCGCACCUAGCGUCUUCGACUCAAGCAGCGAAUCCGAAUCCGAUUCUGAAGACGAGUCCGAAGAUGAGCUGGCUUCGGAAGAUGAAGAGGAGCAACUUUCACUAGAAUAUUAUCUCUAA